UAAAGAUCUUUGAAUAAAGAAAACAAAUUUAUAUAUAUAUAAAUCUUCACUGUACUGAAUUCAUGGAUUUUUCAUUCUCCCAGUCAAAUUUCCAAAACCUGCAGCCGCCAUAUCAUCUUCCCUUCAAUGAAAACGACGCCGGAGACAUGCUUCUCUACACCGUCCUAGCCGAGGCAGGCGCCGCCGCCGCCGCCGCCAACUCCUCGUCGUCGUCUUCCUCAAUGUCGGGGGCGUUCCUCGGCGGCGGCGGCCCCGCGACGUCCAUGGAAGAAGAAGAGGAGGAAGAAGAAGAGUGGUCUUCUACAAGGACGAGCGCCGGCGGCGUAGCUUACAGAGGAGUGAGAAAGCGGCCGUGGGGGAAAUACGCGGCGGAGAUACGGGACUCGACGCGGCGGAGCGUGAGGGUGUGGCUGGGGACGUUCGACACGGCGGAGGAGGCGGCGCUGGUUUAUGACCAGGCGGCGUUCGCAUUGCACGGGUCGACGGCGGUGCUCAACUUCCCGGCGGAGGUGGUGUACCAGUCGCUGGUGGAGCUGGGCUGCGGCUUCGAGGACGGCGGCUCGCCGGUGCUGGCAUUGAAGAGAAGGCACUGCAAGAACACUAGGAGAAGCAGUGUUAUGAACAAGAAGAGCAAUAAUAAUAAUAAUAAUAAUAAUAAUAAUAAUAAUAAUGCUUUGAAGAAGAAGAAGAAAGAUGGUGGAGAAGAAGAUGAGUUUGAGAGGGUGCAUGGAGAAGUGUUGGUUCUUGAGGAUUUGGGGGCUGAGUAUUUAGAACAACUACUUAGCUUAUCUGAGGCUAAACUUGAUAAUUAAUUAGUGGCCGGCAACUAUGUUCAAUCGUGACUUUUA